GCCGGGCUGUUGGAGUAGGAGGCGGCUGCAAAGUCCCGGGCCAACGUCGGAGCCGCCCCCGCCGCCGCCGCCACCACCACCUGAGGGCUGCGCUAGAGUUUGAGGCUGCACCUGAACCUGAGCCUGGGCCGGGGCGGGGGCCGCCUGUGGCUGCCAGGUGAGCGGCGGCGGCGGCGGGGCAUUGGGACACUGGCGCCCGAGCUGCAGCCUCCGCGGGUCCGGACCGGGGGAAGCCUGCGGGAACCCGCGCUGCCACCUCCUCGCCCUGGUUCUCUCCAGGAAGAGGGCUCUUCCCCUCAUGCUGACAGGGGCUGGUCAUGGCACCGAAGGUGAAUAGGAAAACUGUAAAGAAAAAGAAAACGGAAGAGCCUGAGUUGGAACCCCUUUGCUGCUGUGAAUACAUAGAUCGAAAUGGGGAAAAGAACCAUCUGGUUGCUAGUUUUUGUGAUUGUCAGGAUCUCGAUGAAGGUUGUGAAAGGUGGAUUACAUGUAAAUCCUUGCACCCAGAGACUUUUGAGAGGAUCAUGGACACAAUCUCGGAUCGAUUCCGAAUUCCCUGGCUUAGGGGGGCCAAAAAGGUCAACAUUAGCAUUAUUCCACCACUUAUUCUUCUGCCAAUUUUUCUCCAUGUAGCUUCUUGGCAUCUUCUGUUGGGCGUUAUCAUCUUGACUUCCCUUCCUGCCCUGGCACUGGGGUAUUACUACCUCACUCACAGGAGGAAAGACCGGACCCUGUUUUUUCUGAGCUUGGGGCUGUUCUCCUUGGCUUACAUGUACUAUGUGUUCCUUAAAGAAGUGGCCCCCAAAGGACGGGUGGGACAUGGGCAGCUGGUUACUCUCACUUGUGGAUUAUUUCUGAUACUCAUAGCCCUUCGUCAAGCCAAGAAGAAUCCUGGCUACCUCAAAAGUCCAAUACAAAAUGGCAGCCUUCCAAGCAACAACCCAGUUGAUUUAUCAAACAGAAAAGCACAGGAGAAAGUAAAAAGCUUUCCUGGAGAGUCACUGGGCAGUGUCAACAAUAGAAUAGUAAAGGAUGACCCGAAGAGCUAUUCGAGGACAUUGGUUGAGAAUCCCAACAAGGUGAAGGAAGACUGGUGUGCCAAGUGCCAGUUGGUGAGGCCAGCCCGGGCGUGGCAUUGUCGGAUAUGUGGAGUGUGUGUGAGGAGAAUGGAUCAUCAUUGCAUCUGGAUAAAUAGCUGUGUUGGAGAAUCCAAUCAUCAAGCAUUCAUCCUUGCACUGUCACUCUUCUUACUCACCUCUGUGUAUGGGAUCACCUUGGCCUUGGACACCAUCUGUAGAGACAGGAGCGUCUUCACAGCUCUUUUCUACUGCCCAGGAGUUUAUGCAAACUACAGCUCGGCUCUCUCCUUUACCUGCGUAUGGUACUCUGUGAUCAUCACAGCAGGCAUGGCCUAUAUUUUCCUGAUCCAACUGAUAAACAUCAGUUACAAUGUGACUGAGAGGGAGGUUCAGCAGGCCCUUCGAGAGAAGACUGGGCGCCGGCUCCUAUGUGGGCUGAUUGUGGACCCGGGCCAGUAUAAUCGAGGCUUCCUACGGAACUGGCAUCAGUUUUCUACCCUGGGCACACGCACACUCCACCCCCCUGCCGAGGACAUUGUCUGAAAUGCCUUCUGUGCUGAUCUCGGGAGGGGAUGGUGCCUCUGGGAUCGUACUUCCAGUUAACCCUUUGGUGUCCUUUGCAGGCUUCUCAUUCUAACACCAAUUUCUUAAAAGGCACUACAAGGCCACGCUCAGGUUUUUGAGACUGUAACAGAAAGAAGUUAAAAUAUCUUCUUGACCUCACAAUUUAGAGAUUUUUUUAUAUUCAGAUAGUGAAAGUAGAGCCAUUCAUAUUUGAACACCUCCCUAAUGAAUUCUCCAUCACCAGGAGUUGGAAAAAAAUAGAGACUGAGGAGUACAUACAGACUGACAAGAGAAGUAAUUUUUCACCUAAUAAAAUGAAAACUGCUUCACAAUCCGGGGUGAUGGAUUUGAAAAAUCCCAAAUGAAGGGUAGGUGGAGAAUGCUUUGCAUAUAAUGAUUAUACCAUGAGUAUUUAUUUGCAUAGAGACAAUGAAGUUAAGAAGUGACCACUGUUUUCACUUUUCUGGGUGGAAAGUGAUUGUAAAUUUAUCUCCUGGUAUUCCAGAUAGCACAGUUUUCCAGGGAUAAUUAUAUGGUAAUUGUCACUUUUAUAAAGUAUUAGGCAUUUAAGAAGCAGGGUAGAAACUUAGACAAACCAGGGACCUCAUCUAAUCGUGAAGGAAGGACAAUCAAAUAUAAUUAUAAAGAUGAUUGUUACCAGUUAACGUUUAUAGCAGUAAUUUUUAAGUCUAGAUGCAAAACCGUGUGUGUGUGUGUGUGUGUGUGUGUGUGUGUGUGUGUGUGUGUGUGUGUGUGUGUGAGAGAGAGAGAGAGAGAGAGAGAGAGAGAGUGAGUGAGUGUGUGUAUUUUUCUAGCUAAGGCUUUAUCUGGUUAAUAUAAAUAACACAAUAAGAAUUCAGCUUUUCCAUGGUUCACCUGGUAAGGUGUUAGCAUAAGAGUAUGAUUUCUACAAGAGGAGAAGCACUUGCUUCUCCCUUGUGGGGGU